AUGCGGCUGAUCUCUACCGUGCCGCCACGGACAUUCUCCAAGACAUUCAUGUUGCCACAGAAAGAGCAUCAUCUUCCUGUGGCUGUUCCUGAGCAGGAUCUGCCGGAGCAACCUCUCAUAUAUAACCGUCCACAACGGCGAAAACCCAAGCCAUGGUAUACAUCGCCGAUCUUGUACGUGCUUGCAUUCCUUCAAUGCUUCGCAAUGUAUCUUGGGUUUUGGCAAUUGCGCCGACUCAAGUGGAAGGUGUCAUUGAUCGACGAGUUGGAAGAUAAGCUGCGUCGCGAUCCGCUCCCGCUCCCACGCAACAUCAAUAUGGAUGUGCUGAGUGAAUUUGAGUACCGCCUAUUUCAAGUGCAUGGACACUUUGACAUGUCGCGUGUGUUGUUCGUUGGACCACGUACACGAGAGGAUGAACGUGGUUACAAUGUUAUCAUGCCAUUCAAGCGGUCUUCAGGUGGACCUGACAUUCUGGUAAACCGUGGUUUCGUAACGAAUGAUCAGAUUGUCGGCACAGGCAUGAACAAGCGUUUGCGACACCCACCCAAAGAUGACGGCAAAGAUCGUGCGAUUGUGGUACUUCUGCCACGUGUAUACCCACCUAGCCGACUUGCAUUGCCAAAUGAACCACACAAUAACCUUUGGCUGCAGAUCCAUCCAAGCCAGAUGGCACACUGGCUGAACGAACAGGCAGGUAUCGAGGAUGCUGUGCCUUCGACGAUGCCUGAUGCACCAGCUGAAUCAACAGCGUACCGCUGGCUCCGUCGAAUUGCGGCUACAGCAUCGUCUGCUCCUGCCCCAAGCACACCGGAAGAAGCAUUCCAAGCGUCUCAGAGUGAGCCAGUGCUCCCAGUGUACAUGGAAGAGAUCUUUGGUGGCACGUUCGCUGAUGCCAAUACACUUAUUCGUCAGGGCACGCCUGUGGGCCGUCCUCCGCGUAUCGAGCUGCGGAACCAGCAUGCCGAAUAUGCAGCCACAUGGUUUAGUUUAUCAGCUAUUACCACAUUCAUGUUCAUAUACAUGCUUCGCAGAGGACGUAGGACAUCGUAA